AUGAGCGAUACAAUUGCCAUCAGAGGUGCGCGUCAGCACAACCUCAAAAACAUCGACCUGGACAUCCCGCGCAACUGCCUCGUUGUCAUCACCGGGCCUUCGGGAUCGGGCAAAUCGUCAUUGGCCUUUGACACGAUCUACGCCGAAGGACAACGCCGUUAUGUCGAAUCGCUAUCCGCUUAUGCGCGGCAAUUUCUCGAUCUCAUGGACAAACCCGAUGCCGAUAGCAUAGAAGGUCUCUCGCCUGCGGUGGCGAUUCAACAACGCGGCAUUCCCCGCACACCGCGUUCAACAGUGGGCACGAUAACCGAAGUCUAUGACUAUUUGCGUCUCUUAUUUGCCAGAAUAGGCACACCUCAUUGUCCGAUAUGCAACCAGCUCAUUGUGCGCCAGGCCGUCGCGCAAAUUGUCGAUCGCGUGCUCGCACUGCCCGAAGGACAACGCCUUCAGAUUCUCGCGCCCCUGAUCCGAAAUGCCAAAGGCACCCACCUGAGUGUUUUUAAGCAGUUGCGCCAAGAAGGCUAUCUCAGGGUGCGCGUCAAUGGCGAAGUUGUGUCACUGGAUAGCAAUAUCAACCUCAAUAAAAAUACAGCGCACAAUAUUGAAGCCGUCAUCGACCGCCUCGUUGUGCGCGGGAACAUGGCCGCACGCCUCGCAGAUUCGCUCGAAACAGCCCUCGACCUGGCUAACGGCACAGCCACACUCGACAUCAUUGACGAUGAAGAAUGGACCUUUUCCACGCGCUUUGCCUGCACAGAAGGCCACUUUGAAAUCGAAGAAUUAGAACCGCGUCUUUUCACCUUCAACAGCCCGCACGGCGCUUGCCCCACUUGCAGCGGUAUGGGUACUGUUUUUGACAAAGCGGAUACUUCCGACGAGGCACGGGAAAAAAUCGAGCUUUUUAUGCGAGGUCAAACCUGCCCCGACUGCAAAGGCACUCGCUUGCGCCCAGAAGCCCUUGCCGUCACGAUUUCCAAUUGUACAAUCGCCGACAUUGCCAGCAUGUCCAUUGCAAAAAUUGGGCAAUUCUUCCAAACGCUCAACCUGAAAAAUAAUGCGGCUGAGAUCGCUGCCCCCCUGAUACGCGAAAUCGAAAACCGCCUCGCAUUUCUCACGGAUGUAGGCGUUGGGUAUCUCGCGCUCAACCGCAUGACCGCAACGCUUUCAGGAGGUGAAUUUCAGCGUAUUCGUCUCGCCACACAAAUCGGAACCCGCCUCGUCGGCGUUCUCUACGUCCUCGACGAACCCAGCAUUGGCCUGCACCCUCGCGAUAAUCGCAAACUCAUCAACACCUUCUGCAAUCUGCGCGAUUUGGGCAACACGGUCAUCGUAGUCGAACACGACCGCGAAGCCAUAGAAAUGGCCGAUCACCUCAUCGACUUAGGCCCCGGCGCAGGUGAACGCGGCGGCAAAAUUAUCUCACAGGGACCGCCAGAAACCGUGAUCGCAGACAAAAGCUCUCUCACCGGCAAUUAUCUCUCCGGACGAAAAACCAUUCCCCCACCUCCCGAUAUUCGCCAACCGCGCGGACAUCUCUCAAUCAAGGGUGCCAGCGGACACAACUUGCAAAACGUCAAUGUCGAUAUUCCACUGGGCGUCUUUGUAUGCGUCACCGGCGUAUCUGGCUCGGGCAAAAGUUCGCUCAUCAAUCACACCCUGUAUCCCGCGCUUGCCCGACAACUUCACCGCGCCAAUACAGAACCAUUGCCUCACAAAACCAUCGAAGGUGUUGCACAAAUCGACAAAGUCAUUCGCAUAGACCAAUCCCCAAUCGGGCGCACCCCGCGAUCAAAUGCCGCCACAUAUACGGGCCUUUUUACAGCGGUACGAGAACUCUACGCACAAUUGCCCGAAUCCAGAGUGCGCGGUUACGGCCCCGGGCGCUUCAGCUUCAACAUCAAAGGCGGGCGCUGCGAAGCCUGCCAGGGCGAUGGCGUGCGCCGCAUCGAAAUGCACUUCUUGCCCGAUGUUUUUGUCACCUGCGACGUAUGCGGUGGCAGCCGAUACAACAGAGAGACCCUUGAGAUCCGGUACAAAGGCAGUUCAAUUGCCGACGUAUUAAACCUGACAGCAAAUCGAGCCAGCACCUUCUUCCGCAAUAUCCCAGCAGCGCAGCGACAACUCAAAUCACUCGCCGACGUGGGCCUGGGUUAUUUGCGCCUCGGUCAACCGGCCACAUCCCUCUCUGGCGGCGAGGCACAGCGCGUCAAACUCGCAACAGAGCUGGCGCGAACCGCCACGGGCAAAACGCUUUACCUGCUCGACGAACCCACCACGGGUUUGCACUUUGACGACAUCCGCGUCCUCAUCGAAGUGCUCGACCGCCUCGUUGACCGCGGCAACACUAUUCUCGUCAUAGAACACAACCUCGACGUUAUCAAACGCGCAGACUGGGUCAUCGACCUUGGACCCGACGCCGGCGAAAACGGCGGCAACAUCGUCGCAACCGGCGCGCCAGAGACCAUUGCCGAAGUUCCAUCUUCCCAUACGGGCCGUUUCCUCAAAGAAAUUUUAACCGCCACCACAUAG